AUGCUACUCCUGCUGGCCCUGCUGGGGGCUGCCCUGCUGGGGGCUGCCCUUCUGGGGGCUGCCCUGCUCUCCUGGAAGCGUGCUCCAGCCCGGAACAAGAUCCCUAGGGCACAGAAGCGUAGAGAGGUGGCGCUGAAGCAGAUGGAGGCCCUGGCCCAGCGUCUCCGGCAGCAGGAGCCAGACCUGGACCCCAAGCCCAUCCUGGAGCUGCCCCUGGUACAGCUGGCCCAGAAGCUGCGGGAUGAAGAGCUGAGUCUGGAGAGUGUCCUCUGUAGCUACUUAGAACAGGCGCUGAAGGUGCACCAGGAGGUGAACUGCCUGACGGAUUUCCUGGGAGAAUGUGAGGAACAACUGCAGGCUUUGAAGAAGCUUAAAAAGAGCGAGAGAGGCCUUCUCUAUGGGGUCCCCAUAAGCCUCAAGGACCCCUUUGACUGCACGGGCCAUGACUCCACGUGUGGCCUAGCCCAGUUCCUGGAGAAGCCUGCAACCAAGGAUGGGGUCAUCGUGAAAGUGUUCAAGGCCCAAGGAGCUAUUCCCUUCGUUAAGACCAACAUCCCACAGACACUGCUCAGCUGGGAUUGCAGCAACCCUAUCUAUGGCCAGACCCUGAACCCCUUGAAUUUAAAGAAGACAUCUGGAGGCUCCUCAGGGGGUGAGGGAGCUUUGCUGGCAGAAAGGGGUUCCAUCCUGGGCAUGGGCACAGACACAGGUGGCAGCAUCCGCAUACCAGCCAGCUUUUGUGGUGUCUAUGGCCUUCGGACCACAGGAUACCGCCUCAGUUACUCUGGAGUCGCCUCUGCCAUCAAGGGGAAGAAAUCAGUAACAACAGUGGCUGGUCCCCUGGCCAGGGACGUGGAGAGUCUGGCUUUGUGCCUACGAGCCCUGCUCAGUGAAGACAUGCACUGGCUGGACCCCACUGUGCCCCCCAUACCCUUCAGGGAAGAGGUGUACUCCAGUAACCGGCCCCUUCGAAUUGGCUACUAUGAAUCAGAUGGCUACACCCAGCCAUCCCCUAGCAUGUCCAGGGCUGUGCAGCUUACCUCCAGGCUACUUCAGGAUGCAGGACACCAGGUCAUCCCCUUCUCCAUCCCCCAUAUAGAGUACGCCUUUGAACACCUGUACACUGGGGGUCUGUUUGCUGAUGGAGGGGCCACCAUUCUGCAGAAGCUAGAGGGGGAUAUUGUGGAUCCCAGCAUAAAGGGUUUAGUCAACCAGCUCCGCCUGCCAGAUCUACUCAAGUGUUUCUUGGCCUGGAUCCUGAAGUACACAGAUCCCCGAGCUGGCCAGAGUUUUGAAGAGGUUCGUGGAGUGGGGACACCCAAGAGACUGUGGGAGCAGCAGGCAGCUGUGGAGGAAUAUCAGCAAGAAUUCAUAGCCAAGUGGAGGUCCCUGGACCUGGAUGUGCUGCUGGCGCCAUCUCUGGACCCUGCCUUCUAUAUAGGCUAUCCUGCCUUGGCACCAGAAAGUGCCUCCUACAUGGGCCUGUACAACCUCCUGAACUUCCCCGUGGGCGUAGUGCCCGUCACCACCGUGACCCUCCAGGAUGAGGAGGAACUGGCCUUCUACAAGGGAUACUAUGGAGAUAGUUCUGACAAAAAUUUCAAGGAGGGGGUGAGAGGGUCUGUGGGACUGCCAGUGGCUGUGCAGUGCAUCGCUUUGCCAUGGGAAGAGGAGCUGUGUCUCCGAUUGAUGAAGGAGGUGGAUACAUUGGUCAAGAACCAGAAGGCACCCAACUGACAGGCCUCUCCCUCUCCUGGAGGGCUUUCUAGACCCUCACCCAGGUCUGCCCUGGUGCCUCUUCCUUCUCAUAAAUACCAUGUCCGCCUCAUGUCUCAUCCUGUAGGGACCCCAGUGUUCCUAUCAUUUGUGGUCCCCCUGUGUGGGUGCUCAAUACAUGGACUCCCCAGAUCGGCCUAAGAUGGGAAGCAGGGGAAGGGGCUCAAUAAACAUUUUCUGGCUGGCCA